GCCGCGGCUCUGACAUCCACAUGCUGCUCUGCCUGAAAAGGCAGGGGGGAGCCGGAGGGGAGACAGAGAUCGCGAGCGAGGCACCAGCCUGCAGCCGGCCCCCGGUACAUCCUCAGCCGCGCAGACAGUCGGCGAGGUGGAGGUGAGGGCGGGCGCCAGCGAACUCGGAGAGGGGCUCGCUCACUCGCAGGCGAUCUCAGCCGCCGCCGCCCCAGCAGCAGCAACAGCCACAGCAGCUUUCUUCCUCAGACUCCCCUCCAGAGGCUGGCUGGCCAAGCGGGUGUAGCCGUUGGGGAAGGCUCCCGCUAGGGGAACCCGGCGAGGAGAAGAGCAAGGCGGCCGCCUCCCACUCGGGCUAUCCGGCGGCGGCUGCCUCCGCCCGCAUGUCCGUCCCGGGUACCGGGGGAUGUGUGUCAGUUUACGCCUCUGAGACCACACAGCUGCCUGGGGGCCGUGUGAUGCCCACGGCAAGUCUUGGCUUUAAUUAUUAUUAUUAUUAUUAUUAUUACGACUGGCUUUCGGGAAAUACUCGUGAUAUUGUAGGAUAAAGGAAAUGACACUUUGAGGAACUGGAGAGAACAUACAUGCGUUUUGUUUUUGAGAGGAAACCCGUGUCCUUUUCCCGGCUUGUGCCCUCUUUGCUGAUUUCAGGGGCUACUCUCCCUCCUCCUGGUGAGGUGGAAAUUCCAGCAAGAAUAAAGGUGAAGACAAGCCAGCAGGACUCGGGAGGGAAACACUGACCAUUAGAAACCUCUGCAUAAGACGUUGUAAGGAAGAAAAUAAGAGAGAGAGAAACACAAAGAUUUAAACAAGAAACCUACGAACCCAGCUCUGGAGAGAGCGACCUUCUCCAAAAUGGAUAUGUUUCCUCUCACCUGGGUUUUCUUAGCCCUCUACUUUUCAAGACACCAAGUGAGAGGCCAAUCAGACCCACCGUGCGGAGGCCGUUUGAAUUCCAAAGUUGCUGGCUACAUCACCUCUCCUGGUUACCCCCAGGACUACCCUUCCCAUCAGAACUGCGAGUGGAUUGUUUACGCCCCCGACCCCAACCAGAAGAUUGUCCUCAACUUCAACCCUCACUUUGAAAUCGAGAAGCAUGACUGCAAGUAUGACUUUAUCGAGAUUCGGGAUGGGGAUAGCGAAUCUGCAGACCUCCUGGGCAAGCACUGUGGGAACAUCGCCCCACCCACCAUCAUCUCCUCGGGCUCCAUGCUCUACAUCAAGUUCACCUCUGACUACGCCCGGCAGGGGGCAGGCUUCUCUCUGCGCUAUGAGAUCUUCAAGACAGGCUCUGAAGAUUGCUCAAAAAACUUCACAAGCCCCAACGGGACCAUCGAAUCCCCUGGGUUUCCUGACAAGUAUCCACACAACGUGGACUGCACCUUUACCAUCCUGGCCAAACCCAAGAUGGAGAUCAUCCUGCAGUUCCUGCUCUUUGACCUGGAGCAUGACCCUUUGCAGGUGGGAGAGGGGGACUGCAAGUACGACUGGCUGGACAUCUGGGAUGGCAUUCCACAUGUUGGCCCACUGAUUGGCAAGUACUGUGGGGCCAAAAUACCCUCUGAACUUCGUUCAUCGACGGGGAUCCUCUCCCUGACCUUUCACACGGACAUGGCGGUGGCCAGGGAUGGCUUCUCUGCGCGUUACUACCUGGUCCAUCAAGAGCCACUAGAGAACUUUCAGUGCAAUGUCCCUCUGGGCAUGGAGUCUGGCCGGAUUGCUAAUGAACAGAUCAGUGCCUCAUCUACCUAUUCUGAUGGGAGGUGGACCCCUCAACAAAGCCGGCUCCAUGGUAAUGACAAUGGCUGGACCCCCAACUUGGAUUCCAACAAGGAGUAUCUUCAGGUGGACCUGCGCUUUUUAACCAUGCUCACGGCCAUUGCAACGCAGGGAGCGAUUUCCAGGGAAACAAAGAAUGGCUACUAUGUCAAAUCUUACAAGCUGGAAGUCAGCACUAAUGGUGAGGACUGGAUGGUGUACCGGCAUGGCAAAAACCACAAGGUAUUUCAAGCUAACAACGAUGCAACUGAGGUGGUUCUGAACAAGCUCCACGCUCCGCUGCUGACAAGGUUUGUUAGGAUCCGCCCUCAGACCUGGCACUCAGGCAUCGCCCUCCGGCUGGAGCUCUUCGGCUGCCGGGUCACAGAUGCCCCCUGCUCCAACAUGCUGGGGAUGCUCUCAGGCCUCAUUGCAGACUCCCAGAUCUCUGCCUCUUCCAUCCACGACUAUCUCUGGAGCCCCAGUGCAGCCCGCCUGGUCAGCAGCCGCUCGGGCUGGUUCCCUCGAGUCCCUCAGGCCCAGCCGGGUGAGGAGUGGCUUCAGGUAGAUCUGGGAACACCCAAGACGGUAAAAGGUGUCAUCAUCCAGGGAGCCCGCGGAGGAGACAGCAUCACCGCAGGGGAAUCCAGGGCGUUUGUACGCAAGUUCAAAGUCUCCUACAGCCUAAACGGCAAUGACUGGGAAUACAUUCAGGACCCCAGGACCCAGCAGCCAAAGCUGUUCGAAGGGAACAUGCACUACGACACCCCUGACAUCCGAAGGUUCGACCCCAUCCCGGCGCAGUAUGUGCGGGUAUACCCGGAGCGGUGGUCGCCGGCGGGGAUUGGGAUGCGACUGGAGGUGCUGGGCUGUGACUGGACAGACUCCAAGCCCACGGUAGAGACGCUGGGAUCCACCGUGAAGAGCGAAGAGACAACCACCCCCUAUCCCAUCGAGGAGGAGGCCACGGAUUGUGGGGAGAACUGCAGCUUUGAGGAUGACAAAGAUUUGCAGCUCCCUUCGGGAUUCAACUGCAACUUUGAUUUCCCCGAGGAGCCCUGUGGUUGGAUGUAUGACCAUGCCAAGUGGCUUCGGACCACCUGGGCCAGCAGCUCCAGCCCGAACGACCGGACGUUUCCAGAUGACAGGAAUUUCUUGCGGCUGCAGAGUGACAGCCAGAGAGAGGGCCAGUAUGCGCGGCUCAUCAGCCCCCCAGUCCACCUGCCCCAGAGCCCGGUGUGCAUGGAGUUCCAGUACCAGGCCACGGGCGGCCGCGGGGUGGCGCUGCAGGUGGUGCGGGAAGCCAGCCAGGAGAGCAAGCUGCUGUGGGUCAUCCGCGAGGACCAGGGCGGCGAGUGGAAGCACGGGAGGAUCAUCCUGCCCAGCUACGACAUGGAGUACCAGAUUGUGUUCGAGGGAGUGAUAGGGAAAGGACGAUCGGGAGAGAUUGCCAUUGAUGACAUUCGGAUAAGCACUGAUGUCCCACUGGAGAGCUGCAUGGAACCCAUCUCAGCUUUUGCAGGGGGCACCCUCCUGCCAGGGACCGAGCCCACAGUGGACACGGUGCCCGUGCAGCCCAUCCCAGCCUACUGGUAUUACGUAAUGGCCGCCGGGGGCGCCGUGCUGGUGCUGGUCUCCGUCGCGCUUGCCCUGGUGCUCCACUACCACCGGUUCCGCUAUGCGGCCAAGAAGACCGAUCACUCCAUCACCUACAAAUCCUCCCACUACACCAACGGGGCCCCUCUCGCGGUGGAGCCCACCCUAACCAUUAAGCUAGAGCAAGACCGUGGUGGCUCGCACUGCUGAGGGCCGAAGCAAGAACAGCACCCAAAACAAACAAGAAAGACUGCAAACACGUUGCCUCGAUUUUGCACUUUUUUCUCCUCGCCUAGUCUCUGUGUGAACUUUCAGACAUCUCUCGCGCGUCCCCAACCCUGAGCACUCUUAUCCAUCCCAACCAUCCUCCUUGGGUUCAUUUUGGUUUCUGGUUUUUCCUUUUUGUUGAUUCCAAACCAACAAACCCAACUCUAAUGCUGCAUCUUGGAAUAUCAGAAGAGAUCCACUCCCAAGCACUCCACAACUCAAGGCUCAGCUGGUUUUGUUCCAGAGACUGGUUCACUUGUUUUUUCCCCUUGCCUUAUCCCAUACCUCCUCUCAGAGGGCAGCCUGCCAGGAGACUUGAGGGGAAGCCUGGAUCUGUGUGUAUGUACAUAGUAGACAUGUGCGCGUGUGAAUAGUUCUCUGUGGGUGUGGGGAUGUGUGUGGGGGGCUGGUUGAUUGUGUGUUGGGGGUGGUGAGUGUUCAGAGAGGGCCCCUUUAACUCUUGUGUUACUUCUCCUGCGGUACAUUUUACAAGAAAAUAAUAUGCUGUGUAAGUUUUGUUUACUUGGAGAAGAGAUUGAAGCUUUUUGUUGCCUUAUCUAGCCCUGGCUGGGUUUCUGUUGGCUGCCACUGUCAUCUCCAGGUACCUAAAGAAAUAGAGGCCACAUGGGAUGCCAUGUGGCCUGUCUCAUCCCUACUCCCCAACCCCAACCCACCUGACCCAAGAGGAAGGUUCCCCUAGCGCACUCAGACAAGGCUUCCUUGUCUUCUUGUGUCUUUGAAUUGUCAAGAUAGCAGCCACGGGCGCAUGCGGAACCACCUCUCCAGCCCUGAAGCAAGUCUGUCUCAUGUUGCCUUAUAAAAGAGAAGCUCAUAAUGAAUGUUUAGCUUUUAUCAGUUAAGUCCAAUCUUGGAAUAAGUCAUAUGGAAUAACAAGUCUGAGACUGAUGUAGGAAAAGCAGUAGUCUAAGUUGAGAGCAGGAGGAGGUAGACGAGAGAAGGGAGAAGGAAGAACUGAAAAGCUGUCUCCCCACCCAGGGUGGUUAUUGGUCCCAACUUGGGAUGGGGUUGAGUAAGAAACUUAGAAACCAUAUACUUUGGUGUUAUAUUGGUCAUUGUUAUAGAGUUGUAAACUAUGGGGGGGGAGGAUCAUUUGCUUUCCUUUCAUGGUGUUAAUGUGUGCCUGAAUCUAUAGCCACUAAAAUGUAAGGCUGUCUACCUGACUUAUUUAAAUAUGAUGAGAGAAUAGAAAGUGAUCAUUUGUUAAGUAAUCAUUGGUAAUCAAUGUGCUGCCCUUUAAAGCAUUCAUGGCAUCUGGCAAAUAGACCCUCGUAGGCUGGCCCAGCAUAUCCAGAUGUUGCUGCAUCAUCACAGAGAAGGUCUAAUGAAGACGUAACCGUUGCUGCUCACGUGUCCUCUCUAAGCAACAUGGGGAGCGGGAUGUAAGAGAGAAGUUGCUAAUGACACCAUGCAAAAGACGGAUUAAAUAAUAAAGUCAAUUUCAUUGAUAGAAAAUGCAAAUUUUAAGAUUCUCCGUGUACGAGGACCCAGCCUCAGGAGCAUUUAUUUUUUACCUUCCUGCUAAAAAUCCACUGGGGAGGUAUAAAAUUCACUCCAAAGAAGUUUGCCUGGGCCAGAAGCCUCCAGGUUCCUUCUGCAAACAAAAUACUAAUGAUUUUUUUUUUUUUUUUUUUUGGCUACUUGGGAGAGAGACUUUCAGCAUUCUUUCACGAUAUUCAGAUAGGUCCCUCCAGCGCACACACACAACUUUCGCAUCUGGUUCGUUUCAUCCUCCUGAAAGAACAGUGCUCUCCCACUCUUAUUCUAUUUCAAAGAGCUACUCUGUCAACCACAGCAGCCCUGCCAAGAAAAGACAAGAUGAAAGGCUAGAGCAUGUGCUACCUUGAGAUUUCAAGAAGUGUCCUACCUCAGCUGAAGACGGAGAAAGAAACAGGGAGGGCAAAGUGGAUCAGAAGCCCAGGGUACCAUGUAAUGACUCAUAUGCCAGUCACGAAGGGCUUUUAUCUCGGCUGUCCACAUCCAGUCAUGCGUUUGGGGCCAGGCAUUCCCGCAAAAUGAUUGACAUUCCCGUAGGUGCCCCACAGAGGUGUGGCGUCAAGAAAUUACACCUGGAAAAUCCAGCCAGUGUAGUGACCGGCUGAGUUACCAUAUACCCUGGGGAUUCCCCUGUCUGUAAAAGAAGAUGACUACAACUUUGUGAACUUGCUGUAUCUUUAUCUGAUGCCCCAAGUGGCAUCAUCUUUAUGUACAUGCCUUAGUUGAGAAUAUGAGACGGCUCUAAUCUUUGUGACUCCCUUCACACUUCGGCUGAGGAUGUCACAUUCUCUGUCUCUCCCCAGCCCGCAACAUCUGCCCUUGAUCUGUCUACUCCAGCAAUUUUCAUAGUGUUAUCCAGGUACUAUACCAAAAGGUCAGCUCUUCUGUAAAAUGCCAUGCUUCGCAGCUUUAAAAAGCAAAAUUCUGUAUUUCAUGGAGGGAGGGAAGGGUCACUCUCUUCUAGGAAAAAUAGACUGGAAAGGCAAAUGCAUGCAUGCAUGUGUUUGGAGUUGCUCUCAGAAGACAGAGAUGAUAGCAACUAUAAAAAAUGAAUGAAUGAAUGAAUGAGUUGAAGGCCUAGCUUGGGCUGAUAAAGUUUUUGCCUUAGCAGAGGUUUUAUGUCAACACCUUCAGGAGGAAAGCCCUUAUCCCUGGGUUGCAAUCCCCUUCCUCGGCAUUAUGCUAGCAAAUUGCCAUCACCUAGUUGCUGGCAAAGGCAGAAAAAGAAAACAAAAAAAUCAGCAUUGUCAUUGACAAACUGGAUGCUGAAGAUAAAGUAAAAUUGUCUUUUCCCUUGUCCCACAUUUUUGGGAUUAAAGCCAGAAUUGAAUAGGAAAUACAGUAAUAUUUCUGAGGUUGAUAGCCUAUCUUUAAGAAGACCCUGUCUUUAAAAUGAAACUAGCAGGCAAACACCUAAAUAAUCAAAAAUUACCAAAGAACAACAAUGAAACAAGAAAACCUAAAGGUUUUUACUUCCUAUUCCUAUUCCUCUCCUUAUUACUGUGACACCCAUUGCGUUGCUCAGUUGCCUGUGUGUCAAGAUAACUCGUGGACAUUGGAAAUUAUUUGAAAAUGUAUUGUGUGGAAUGUAAUAAAAUGAUGAUAUUUUUAUACAAA